GCCAUCAGCCAUAGUAACCACCUGUUCGUGCCUGUGGUAUUUGUAUUCUGUCUCCUAUCGCUACUCGUGCGGGCUGAGGAUUCAGACGAUUAUACCGACUCGAGACAGCUCGGGAAGAACCACGCGGUUUCAAGGCAGAGAAACAACAUUCAGUGGUUACCGAAUUACAACUGGAAACCACUCGAGCAUUAUGGCCUGAGGUAUUCCGCGAAGAAUCGACGGAGGAAAAAGCGGGGAUGGAAUUUACAAAACCCGAGGAUCCGGAACAAAGGAUAGCAGAUCCGUGGAUAAAGAAAAUGCAAGAGAUAAGCCGACAGAAGAGAGAAAAAUGGGUACCAUACAAAAGAAACGAGAACGAAAAACUCACCCUCGACAAUGUCGAAGAAACUACGAGAGCGAACAAACUUAGAGACGAUGAAUCGAUCACGCCAUUUGAUCCUAUUCUAACACUCGCACAAUCUUCAAUGGAUCAAGACAGUGCGAGUGUGAACAAUUUCCACGAUUCUUCCUUACAAUCUACGGAUACAAGAACCGAUGAACUAAGCCAAAGGCUCGAUCUAUGGGAUGUAAGCGCAGAGAAUACAUCUGCAGAUAUCGAUAAAAAAAACCCCGUUAUGCUUCAUCAACGAUAUAAGGACUAUGAAAUAUCUAACAUAGAGGAAGUUCUAGUCGACAAACAGAACGCAAUUGCAACGGAUUACGAAAGAAGCGAACUUGAGAAGGAUCGUUCACUCACCUCUAAAGUAAAUUCACAAGAAUCUAAAGAAUCAAACUCACAAGGAUCGAAAAGUCAACAUAGAUCUAAUGAUAGAAAAAGAUAUUCAAACAGCGAUGAAAAUUUGGAUUAUAAGAAUAACUCUAAAAAAUCUCUUGCGAAGGUAAAUCCAAGACAAUCAAAUCUCUCUCAAAAUGAUAAAGAGGAAAACAGCAAAAACAAGAAACAUAAUAAGGAGAUGGCAAAACCGUCCAUGUGGAAGAUCAAGGAAGAGAGAGACGAUGCGGAAGAGAAGGACACGACAGGGAGAUCGCUGAAUCAUGGAGGAUCAUAUCAUCCUGGCAGAUGGGGCAUGAGCCUUUCGCAGCCGCCUAUGGAAUUUCGAAAGGACAUAUUCCGAUCGACGCAUCGGAAAAAUAAGGAACAUACUGAAAGCGAGAAAGACAGAAGGCAUGAUUUGGUUGAGCGAUGGGACAAUGCCGCCUCACCUCCGAAGAAACUCAAGAAUGGAAACAUCAUGCUGCAUCUUACCGCACACUUGGGCACGAAAUCGCCGGGCCAAGUUAAAGGAUCUUCCUAUCAUCGAUCACUUGCUCAUCAAAAUCAUCAGGAUUCUCAAACGGAUGACGAGCAUAAUAAGGAACUAGCUGAGACUUCACACGAACAAAUUCCAAAGAAUUGUUAUCAUUUACUAUAUCCAAAAGUCAAUUAUCAGAAUAACCAUCAAACAAAUGUUGAUCUUAAUCAUCUGUCAAGAAAUCUAAAAUUUCUAAUGCAAGCUUUGCAAUCUUUGCAUGAACAAAAUGUAGAUAUACCAAUGUCUUGUUGUAUACAAAUUCCAUACGUCUUAUUCCGUACCUAAAAAGAUCU